CUGCGCGUGCACGCCCCUCGCUUGAGCUGAGCUCACCUGCGCGUCUCAUCUGGGCGCUCGAUGCUAGACUAGCAGGAUGACACGGUACAUUCACAUUUUCAUUUUCAUCCUGACCAAAACCGCGAUUUAUCACGCCAUAGAUCAGACGUUAUAUGUGAAGAACUAUAAGGUGGUCAAACCUCGGCUCGUUCAUGAGCGCUGGAGGAGAAAUGCAGACACAUCACAUACACCUGAACAGGUACAGGAAAGACAUGCUGACAAUGUUACAUACUCGAUCAGCAUUAAUGGCAGCGAGCGAUUACUGCAUCUUACAAAGAACACAGAUUUCUUGUCGGACAACUUUGUCAUGAUUUCCCAGGAUGCACAGAAAGUGAAAGUGCACAGAGAAAAACCUGUGCUCUGCCACUAUCAUGGGUAUGUGGAGGGUUAUGAAGACUCUCUUGUAGCUCUCAGCACCUGUGAAGGUCUCAGGGGUGUGAUUCUCAUGGGUAAUGAAAGCUAUGGAGUGGAACCCGUCCCGCAGUCCAAAGCCAACGAACAUCUCCUCUUUCUGUUGAAAGACAGUCUGCAAGAGCCGUUUGUAUGUGGACUGGCCGAUGAAACGCAUCAAACCGAAGACAUCUCGCAGCAGCCUAGCAUGUCUAUGUUUUUAAGGGAGAAACGAAGCUUGCCUCAGAUCAAAUAUGUGGAGUUGGUAUUGGUAGUUGACCACUUGAGGUUCAACUAUAAGAAUAAAAAUUCAUCUGCAGUGCGGGAUGAGAUGGUCCAACUGGCUAACUUGUUAGAUUCGUAUUACAAACCGCUGAACAUCCGGAUAGCACUGAUUGGUUUGGAGAUCUUUAACAAAGAAAACCCUUUUACUGUGGAGGGCAAUGCUGGAGAGGUGUUGACCAGGUUUGUGAAGUGGAGGAGGGAAGAACUCUUACCUCGACUCAGACAUGACGUGGGUCAGCUCAUUGUAGGUCGCUCAGGUUCGUACCCUGGAGGUGUGCUCGGCAUGGCCUUCGUAGGGACCGUGUGCUCUGCUCACAGCAGUGGAGCAAUCAAUGUGUUCAGCGGCAAUUCUCUGCCGUACUUCUCUACUGUGGUGGCUCAUGAGCUGGGACAUAACUUGGGCAUGAACCAUGAUGUCGAUUACUGUACUUGUAAUGGGGGUUGCGUCAUGGGACCCUCCGCCAGUGGAUCGAGUAAAUUCAGUAACUGCAGUGUGAAGCAUUUCGAGAGACUGAUUUUGAAUGGUGGUGGGGUGUGUUUAAAGAACCCACCCUCUUCUGGCCACAUCAUCACAGUGCCCACCUGUGGGAACGGCAUUCUGGAAGAUGGAGAACAAUGUGACUGUGGCAGCCCGGAGGUGUGCAAAAAUAAAUGUUGUGAUGCCGCUACAUGCACUUUAACAAAGAACUCAGCCUGUGGCACAGGAGUUUGCUGUGAAAACUGUCAGAUCAAAGUGUCUGGAUCCCCCUGCAGACCGUCGGCGAACCCCUGUGACCUUCCCGAGUUCUGUAAUGGGACGUCUGAGUUCUGUCCGGGAGAUUUCUACUUUAUGGACGGCCUGCCGUGUGCCAGUAAAACCGCGUACUGCUAUGAGGGCCGCUGUCAGACGCUGGACUAUCAGUGCAAACAGCUCUUUGGCUCAGAGGCGACUAAAGCAGAUGAAAAGUGUUUCAGUUAUGUCAAUUCAGUCGGUGAUAAUUUUGGGAACUGUGGAAAACCUGGUGAUCGUCCGAUUGCUUGUGUUGGGGAGAACACUAUGUGUGGGAAAAUUCAGUGCCUGUUUGACAGCAACGAGCCUCCGGCAGGAGCCAAAGUCAGUGUACAGUAUCUAGACGGAGGCCAAAUCAAAUGCAUGAACGCUGACUUUAACAUGGGUACGGAUGUGCCAGAUCCAGCAUAUGUCAAAACCGGCUCAGUCUGUGCUCCUGGAAAGGCGUGUGUGGACUUUACCUGUACAAAUUCUUCAGUUCUGGAUCAGAGUCAGAAGUGUGACGCCCAGAAAAACUGUAACAGUAAUGGAGUGUGUAAUGAUCAAUUUAACUGUCAUUGUAAUGACGGCUGGGCUCCUCCCAACUGUGACAAAAGAGGUAGAGGUGGAAGUAUUAACAGCGGACCUGCACAGAUCGAUUAUUCGCUCAGAGAUGGUCUUCUGAUCUUCUUUCUUCUGGUGGUCCCAAUUCUGGUGGUCUUAAUCAUUGUUUUGCUCUAUGUGUUUAAACGGGACAGCCUUAAGCGUUGUGUCAAGGGCCGCCCCUCUAAACGCAACAGGUCAUCUAAUGAAGCGAAUGGUCCUACGAAUGCCCAGGCAAAUGCACAGUCUAAUGGAAAUGCGACAAGAACGUCCACCCCGCAGUCAAUGACGCAGCCAAACGCGCCAUCACGUCUAGUGAAUACCUCAGUAUCUCAACCAAGACAAGGACCAGGAGUGCCCAGACCAAUCCCACCCAGACCAGUCCCACCCAGAUAGACACAAGUCCCAGUGUGAAGGCAUGACAGGGGGAAACUGUCUUUGUCUGUCGAAUAUCUGUAAACCAACAUUUUUGAAACAGAUGAAGGAUUAACGUUGUUUUUAACUAAUUAUGACUAAAGUAUUUGCUACUUAACGUUAUUAAAAAUGUUUACAAAGAUUUGUAUAAAUGUUUUUUCUAUUGUAAAGAUAUCUGAAUGUACUCUGAACACAUAUUACGAUUCUUUUUCUCUGUAUGGCUUUUUCAUCUGUAUUGUGUUAAACAGCACUACAAACAUUUAGAAUUUGUUUUAUAACGUUCAAAAUCAGGUUGACUGGUUAUUUUUAUGGACUGUGGUCGUGGUUUUGUUGGCCCUGUUAUCACAAUUCCACAGUGUAAAAUUGUACAAAUUGUAAUGUUAUAUAAUAAUGAAUAAUAAAAGACAUUGUUUUAUUGAUUAAAAGAUA